AUGUAUUUACUGUGAAUUUUUAUUCUCUAUAUUUGUAUGUGUAUUUAUAUUUAUCAAAAGCGUUUGUUAUAUUAUCAAAAUGUUAAGAACGGCAACUUCUGUGCGAAAUUUAUUUUGUAAAAGGUUAUUUAAUAGUAAAGUUGAUUUGUAUAAGAAACCCGUGCGCGAAAUUGAAAUUCCUAUUUCAUGAGGAAAAAUUACUGACCGAUGAUUUCAUUACUCUAUAAUUUUGGAAUAAAGAGGUAUUGUUGGUUUCAAUCAUAAAGAAAUCGAAACGCCACACCCUGAUUAACAAGAAUAAAUCAUAACCUAACAGCAAAAUAAUUUGUUUAAAAAUUAUAACAUUUACAAUAAAACUUGUUACAAACAACAGGUAAAAAUACAUUGUUUCCCUUGGUACACAGGAGUAGGUAUGACGAGCUAUGAUUAAUAUUUGUAAUAUUUUUCUUGUUUUCAAACUUUUUUAUAAGGUUACAAUUGGUUGUCAUUUGCGACGAAAUACUAAUAAUUUAUAAUUAAACUACUUGAUACUAUGCAACCAGAAUUAUAGAGACAGAUAGCAGUUUUGUAUUUACCAUAAUAAAAAGAUAUUUAAACAAUAAAUUAAAAAAUUUCUAGCUUUUUCUUGUCAUAUUAGGUACGAUGUAUUACAAUUUUAUAAACAAAAUGUAUCUGUAUAUUUCUACUAUGUUCUGUUAGAACUUAGCUGUAUCAAUAUUAAAAUCAUAACUUUCUAGGUAAACUAUGGGGUCAUGAUAAUCAACAGCCAAUACUAGCUCUUCAUGGUUGGCAGGAUAAUGCAGGCUCAUUCAAUAACCUGGCACCAUUGUUACAAAAUUGUUCAAUUCUGGCAAUUGAUUGGCCAGGUCAUGGUCAUUCUAGUUGGUUGCCUUCUGGGAUAAUAUACAGUGAAAUUAUUUAUUUACAUGUAAUUAAAUGUGUGAAAAACCAUUUUGGAUGGGAAAGUAUCAAAUUAAUGGCACACUCUCUUGGUGGAAUAGUCUCGUUUACUUAUUCCUCAUUAUUUAACGAUGAAAUUGAAUUUGUAAUCAGUAUCGAUGCCAAACAUUCCUCUCUUGAUAUUGAUUCGAAUACCAGACAGUUUCGUAAAAAUUUGAAGAAAUUCUUGGAGAUUGAGUAUCUGCCAAUAUCUUCAGUGCCAAGUUAUUCUGAAGACGAAGCAAUAAAUCGAUGGCGGAAAAGCUCUAAUUACAGUAUUGAUGAACAAAGCUGUAAAGAACUAAUUAUACGUGGUACUAGAAAGAAGGCUGAUGGUACUGUAUAUUUCAGUCGAGAUCCCGUAUUAAAAUUUCUUACACUUUCAUCAUUUGCAUAUGGUCAAAACGUUUUUAAGGAUAUGGCUAAGGAAAUUAAAAAUCCUUAUCUCGUGAUUAAAGCAACAGACGCAAAAUAUGUUGAAAAAAUGAAAAAUGUUCUUGAAGUUGCAGACAUUAUAAAAGAGAAUAAUAUGUAUUUUAGUUUUCACAAAGUACCUGGAACACAUCAUUUGCAUAUGACAAAUCCUCAUGCAGUUGUGGAAAUAAUUAACCCUUUUUUAGAAAAGUACAACAAUUAGUUAAAAUUAUUAAUAUGUAAUACCGAUUGAAUUUUUCUUAUAGAAAAAAUACAUACUUUUUAUUAGUACAUGGAUUUCUAACCAAAUUCCAGUUAUUAUAUUUGUCGAAGUUAUGUUUAUUUUAUCACAGGGUUGUGUUUUAAUAUGUUGAUUGCAUAGAAUAUUACUGUGGCUUUACAUUUUCCGGAUUUCUUAUCUUUCCAUCUAUUAUUAAUAAUUUUUAAAAUUAUAACAAUCUCUUGAGUCAGAGAUAGCUUUUUCAGUUUUAACUAUUUAUAUGAUAUUGUUACAUAUUUCACGUUAUAUAACAAAAAUUAAUCUAUUGUACGAAUAGGUAAAUAAAUAUAUGUUUGUAAAAUGUGA